AUGCCAUGGAGCAUUAUCCCAACGCGACUGCGCCCGUCGCGCUCGCGAGUGCAAAUCCUCUCCGACCUCCAUCUCGAGAUCGGCCAGCAGUAUGCGUCCUGUACCUUUCCAGCAUCGGCACCGUUUCUCCUUCUGGGCGGUGACAUCGGCCGCCUCAUUGACUAUCAAGGGUACCUGAACUUCCUCGAGGCGCAAGUAUCGCGAUACAAAAGAGUGUUCCUAGUGCUGGGAAAUCACGAGUUCUACGGCCUUGGCUACAGCUCGGGCCUUGAUGCCGCCCGCCGUCUCUGCCAGGAACCCUCUGUCGCAGAAAGCGUCGUUCUCCUUCAUCGAGCCCGAUGGGAUGAUGCCGAUUCCAGGCUGACGAUACUCGGCCGCACGCUCUGGUCUGCGAUCCCCGAAUGUGCGUACAGCGCCGUCGAGUCUAAAGUGAGCGAUAUGAAGAAAAUAGAAGGGUGGUCAAUCCCGAUGCAUAACCAGAUGCAUGGCGAGGACCUGUCCUGGCUUCGUGAGAAGCUGUCGCAGCUCUCGCAGAUGGAGAAUUCUAAGAGGCGCCUGUUAGUCGCCACGCAUCACGCACCUUGCAUUGACGGCACUUCUCGCCCCGAGCACACGAAUAAUCCGUGGACCCCUGCAUUUGCGACCCGUCUCCUCGAGCAGGGGGGAUGGGACGGCGUCAAGGUCUGGAACUUUGGCCACACACGUUAUUCAGCCGAUUUCAUGCGCGACGGCAUCAGGGUCGUAUCCAAUCAGCGAGGUUAUGUCCUGCCAGGAAGUAUAAAGCCGGAGUCGGAAGGAAAAAAGUCCAAGAAGGACGCGCAUGGGUUUGAUUCGGGCAUGGCUAUCACCUUAUAG